ACCACCACCACACGCAAGAACCAGACGGCAAACGACGCGAAGCUUGUCGACAACAAAGAACAGUCAUCUCGACAUCACCAGACAGCUGCAGAAGAGUGCAGAGAACGCCAGAAAUCGGGCAAUCCGCGCCAGACCACACACAUCGCAGCGACGCACCGCUGCAACCAGCAGCAAUGGCCGCCCCACCACAAGGCCCCAGCUCCGUCCAGGUCUCCCUGCCCCAGAUCGCGAAGCUCAUCGACCACUCGCUCCUCCAUCCGACCAUGACGGACGCCCAGAUCCACGCGGGGCUGGACGUCGCCCGCAAGCACGGCGUCGCCGCCGCCUGCGUUAAGCCCUACAGCGUACCCAUCGCUGCCGAGGCCCUCGCCGACUCCGGCGUGCUCGUCUGCGCCGUCAUCGGCUUCCCCCACGGCAACAGCACGACCGCCAUCAAGGUUGCAGAGGCACAGGAGGCCGUCUCCGCGGGCGCCCACGAGAUCGACAUGGUCGUCAACGUGGGCAAGGUGCUCGGCGGGGACUGGGAGUACGUGACCAACGAGAUCCGCGCCAUCAACGACGCCGUCACCCACAGAGACCAGGCCGUGCUCAAGGUCAUCUUUGAGAACGACUACCUCGACGACAGCCACAUUGUGCACCUCUGCCGCAUAUGCUCGGCGCUAUCGGUCGCGUUCAUCAAGACGUCGACGGGCUACGGCUUUGUCAAGCAGGACAAUGGGCUCUACACGUACAAGGGCGCCACUCCCGCGCACCUGAAGCUCAUGAGGAGCAACGUCGGGCCCAAUGUGCAGAUCAAGGCGGCGGGCGGGCUACGGACGCUAGACGACGUGCUGUACGCCAUGUCGCUGGGCGUGACGCGGAUCGGGGCAACGGCAACCGAGGAGAUCCUGGCAGAGGCGGCGCGGCGGGGGAUUGGCAUCGCGCCGAAGCUGGUGGAGGUCACGGUGCCUGCGGACAAGACUUGAAGGCUGUCAUUGUGGCGUUGUGGUCUUUUUUGAAGACGGCAGCACGCUGCAUGAUUGACAUGAAAUGAUGGCCGUGCCCGCAAUGGAGCCCCUGGAAGCUU